AUGACUCACCGGUUCCUCCACCAAAACGUCGUCCAGUUAUACGGGGUUUCCACGACGCGGGAGCCGAUGUACGUUGUCUCGGAGUGUCUGGGCAACGGGAGUCUACUGUACCAUCUCAGAGAAGGUGGCGGUCGCUGCAUCUCGUUCAGAGAGAAGAUUGAUCUGGCGGUUCAAAUGGCGUACGGGAUCGACUAUCUCCACUCACAGCUCUGCAUCCACCGCAAUGUCUGCGCCAAAAAUGUGCUUCUUAGCGAGACCAACAUCCCGAAAAUAGCCAACUUUCGAUACGCCAAGAUUCUACCCGGCGAAAAGACCGUACUACAGCUCCCGGUAGAAGAGCUACACACUCGCUGGUACCCGCCGGAAGUACUGGAGUCUGGCCACUUCUCGACAAAGUCGGACAUUUGGUCGUUUGGCAUCCUUCUGACAGAGGUGCUGACCAACGGGAAACUCCCGUACUCUGACGUCGAGUGCAGGGAACAGCUCAAGUGGAUGGUGGUCAACGCUGGCUACAGAAUGCCGAGGUCCCAGUUGAUCGAUUGUCCGGAGCAACUCUACGAGGUCUUGUCUAGUUGCUGGAGGUCGCAGCCAACUCUGAGACCCAAAUUUGAGUUCGUUAUCACAGGAAUGUCCGACUGUGUCCCCCUUGACAAUGGCUACAUGUCCACUCUUCACUAAACAUUUCCAACUUUAUAUGUAAUCCUGAAAUUUCUGUUCCCACUUGAGUUUUCUCUACUACCAUUGUUUUCAAGACAUAGUAUACAUGUGUUUUGUUGUGUAGCUGCUGGUUGGCCCACAAUUGUUUUAACCGCCCAUGAUUUUUUUUGAUUUCUAUUGUACUGUGUAUAUAUAGCUCAUGU